AUGAAUCGUCAUAUUCUUUUGUAUUCAAUUUUUCUGUGCAGCUGCGUCAUUGCAUGUGAUUUUCCUCAUCAACGGAUAGUAAGAACUGCUCCUCAUGCAACUCUACUGGUACCCUAUCCAAGAGUAGGCAAACGACAAAAUGACGAGAGAUUUUUGUCACCGUCAGCAUCGACACAGACUGUGAAAAGACUAUUUCUCGCCAGAGUGGGGAAACGAGCAUUCAUGUACGCAGCUCGUGUGGGAAAAUGA